AGCACACUUGGAUCACGUCCCUGCAUGUCUGACAACUUCUGCGAGAGACACUGGUCUAUAAAAUGAGAUGUAGCUUUCCUCUGACAGUUCACAAGCAAGAGCAGGAGGGGAGGCAGCUUCCAAAAACGUUCUCCCAUCAACAUCGACCCAUCAGUGUUGGACAAGAUAUCAGUCGCCAAGAUGCUGACCCUCUGGGCCCUGGUCUUCACGCUGACCGUCCAGGCAAGAGCACUUGACCUGCAGAAUCCAUCUUUGCUGCUGGGAAAUCUCCCUCAAUUAGCCCUUGAGGUCACCAAAAAAGCACCUCUCAAUCUGCCACUGUUCAGAAGUGCCCCAAAAGAUUCUCCAUCUAAGAAACAUCCAACUAGGACCCCAGGAGGCAGGUGUCUACCAGUGGCCAGGUACUUCAUGUCUAGCAGCAAACUCGAAGAAUAUUUGAACGCCACGCUGCCCCCACAGAUCGAGAAGAUGCUGAUGUGUGAGGAGAUAGAUCUAGCUGGUGUGCUUGGGACAGUGAUAUCUACAUUGUCUAACUCCAACCUACUGUCUGUGUUAGACCUCACUUCAUCCCUCAACAUACCUGGAAGUGAUGUUCUUGGUGGUAUCCUGGGCAAGGAAAGUGGUGGCCAGUCCCCAAAGCUCCCACUGUCAUUGCUCUCAACAGCCACUAAUGCCCUCAAUAUCCAAGAGACUCUGGGCAGACUACUACCCACUGGUGCAGAGAAGAAUCCUGUAAAAGGACUUGUCAACACCCUUGACCUCCCAAAUCUCCCCCAGCCUCUGAAUGAUAUCGUUAACCAAGCCGGCAAGCUCACAGAAUCCACCGACGGUGUGCUGAACAGUCUAGUGCCAGUAGGUGUUAGUGAUGCAGUCACAGGCCUGCUGAGAAAUGCUGACCUAGCAGAACUCUUACUGGGAUUAAAUGUUCAAGAAGUGACUGUGGAGAGUAUGACAUCAACCAUGACAGGUGAUGGGAUCCUCGUCUCUACCACAACUACCGCCUUCAUAGGUGGAAAAGGCCUAGCAGGACCUGUAGUCAGCCUACUGGGAUAUCAAGUACACAGCGAUAUAACUCUGAAAAUUGGCAUUUCCACGAACAAUACCCAAUGCAUCAACCUCCAAGUCCAGGACAAGGACAUCAAGUUCAAGAAAGUGACCCUUCAAGUAGUGGAAACGGUCACAAAUACUUUGCCAGUGCCUCUGCCUUUGGACCAAAUCGUUUCUCAAGUGUUGACAGUAGCUAUGAAAGAGAAGCUUCAAGAAGUAGAAUCGUGUGACAUCGAUCUCAGUGAUUUCAGCAAAUGCAAGAACUCUACUGACUUGUUCAAGUACAACGUUAAAAGUUCCAGGACUUCUGCACAAGGUCUUUCAAUCUUCUACUGUGCUAAAGCCUUCUUUAACAAAUAUAUAGUCCCUGUACCUGGAAGUCCCCUUCCACCAGAUCCUAGAAAUGCCAACAUUUCCCUAACUCUGUCCCAUAAAUUACUCACCGUUAUCAUCACACUGAGUGUCAAGCAGAGCUCCACCAAGAUGACUAACCUGGCUGCAAGCAUCACCAAAAUAGCCUACUCCUUCAAGUCAGGCAACCAACUCCAAGUCACCUUGUGGAUUACCGUGGAAAAGGAUGGUGAGAAUUUUACUACCGUGGAAAGGACCUCAAUCAUCUCCCAUGACAGCAAGAUUUCCAAAGACAAAUUGAUACCAGACUUCAAGAUUAUGAGCUCUGAAGACAAGGUGACACCACCUGAGGCUGAAGCAGAAGUGCAAGAUAUAUUGCUUGAGGUUCUGAAGAAAUUUUUGUCUGCCCUUAAUGAACUGAUAAGUGCAUGGAAUGUUCCUCCAGGACUAACCUCAAAUCCUCUAACCAAUGCCAAGGUUAAAGUACUUAAGUUGGUAAGAGAGAAAUACCAAUAUUUUCCUUUUGCACAAAGGCCUACUGUGCACUUCAAUCUUCACAGGAAUGACGGGGGCCAGUAGGCCUCAGCCUCAGUCUGUUCCAGGCCGCCCUACU